ACAGACAGGUAUACACAUACACAGACAGGUACACACACAGGUACACGUACACAGACAGGUACACGCACAGGUAUACAUACACAGACACACACACACAUGGACAGACCGAUAAAUAUACUUAUCAUGAAGAUUGAAGAGAAGGGUGAUGUAAAGAAGAGAUGUAAACAGAAAUACCGUUUAUAUAAAUACCUUUAG